UUUUUGCUUAUUUAUGACGGACAUCUCCAUUGCUUUGAAGUGGGGUCCCGGUCUCAUCGGAAUGACAAUUGGGCUAGCCUUCUACGGUGUGUCAGUAUGGCAAUACCUAUUCUACAUCAUGUCGUUCCCGAGGGACAGGCGUCUUGUCAAAUGUGCGGUCUUUCUUGUAUUUGUUCUUGACACCGUCAAUACUCUCACCUCUUUGAGCUUCUACUGUCGAACAUUGAUACUUUGCCGAUGGAAAACAACCAACUCCUGCAUGCUCCAGCUACCUUGGGACUUAAGUGCAAACCUUGGUUCUGGCUUCUUUGUCUCUUUCUUUGUGCAAUGCUUUUACGCCCAUAGAGUUUGGAUAAUCGGUGGUCAGAGUAAAUUAUUGAUGGGUAUAGUGCUUUUCGUUGCACUAGCUGCACUGGUCCUCGGGUUCUUAAUAUUGGGAGAUAUGUAUAACAAUAACGACCUUGGCGCCCUUUUCAACAAUCCGUACUCGCCGGUCAAUGCCCUGGCAAGUGCAAUAUGUGACGGGAUCAUCACAAUCAGUAUAUAUCUUUCUCUUCGUCGUUCGCAAAGUGGUCUUCUCCGAAAGCAAAACUCUCUUCAAAAGCUCAAUAUCGUCUUUGUGCAGAUGGGCACGAUCACCUCCUUGAGUGCCCUCUCAAUGGCUAUACUUUACUAUCAAAAUCAACCUGUUGGAGAAUACCUUACUUCGGCACCAGGAUUCAUGAUCAGUAAAGCAUAUUCAAACUCCAUGUUAGCUGUACUGAAUGCAAGGAAACUCGUCAAUGAUCAGCAACAACUUACUCUAUCUCCAUCGGAGCUUCCUACCCUACCCCGCAUUCGCUGAUCUCCCAAACUCACCUCCAGCCACGAAAGUAUUUCCUAAGCAUGGCACUAGUAGGGACCGUAUCCAUGAAAAAUUCCAGAACAUAUUCCAG